UUAUGCCUAGCAUCGUUAUCUGUCAUUUUCUGGCAGAUUGCUAGGGGAGAGUAACAAGUUAGAUCCAUCCCUCUCUGUACUGUUGCUUAGCCUCUCCUUUAGUUCAGGAUGGAUGGGGCUGGGGGUGGCGUGGGGUCAACGGGCGGUGAGGGUCGCCCCACCCGAAACGGCGAUUCCAAGCGGCGCAGUAAGGGAAGCCUCCCCUCCCCGGGGUACCGCCUGUCCCAGGCCUCGCUGGAAGGGGAGCGUGCGGAUGGUGGCAGGAGACGCCUCUCCAUCUUGAGCUCCAAGCAAGACGGCCUCCCUUUCCGAACGGCGGGCACCCCGACCACCCCGGUGCCCCUGCCCCCGCCCCCCGCGCCCUCCUCGCAGCGCUCCGUGGGCUUCGCCUCGUCCCGCGCCGCCCUGGCCUCCACCUCCUCCACGGGGACGGGCGUCGUCAUCGUGGCCACGGGACCCGAGACCACCACCACCACCACCACGGCCUGCAACACCAACGCCGCCGGCACCCCCGACGCCAUGCUGGACGGGGAGGACUACAGCUACUCCAACCAGUCCACCUUCAUCCAGAGGCAGUUCGGCGCCAUGCUGCAGCCCGGGGUGAACAAGUUCUCCCUGCGCAUGUUCGGCAGCCACAAGGCCGUCGCCAUGGAGCAGGAGAGGCUGAAAUCGGCAGGAGUCUGGAUCAUCCAUCCCUACAGCGACUUCAGGUUCUACUGGGAUCUUCUGAUGCUUCUGCUGAUGAUGGGCAACCUGAUCAUCCUGCCGGUCGGCAUCACCUUCUUCGAGAACGAGAACACGCUCCCCUGGAUCAUCUUCAACGUGGUGUCCGACACCCUGUUCCUGGUGGACCUGGUGCUCAACUUCCGCACGGGGAUCGUGAAGGAGGACAGCACGGAGAUCCUGCUGGACCCCCGCGCCAUCCGCCAGCGCUACCUGAAGAGCUGGUUCCUGGUGGACUUUGUCUCCUCCAUACCCGUGGAUUACAUCUUCCUGAUGGUGGACCUGGAGGCCCGGAUAGACUCGGAGGUGUAUCGCACGGCCCGCGCCCUGCGCAUCGUCCGCUUCACCAAGAUCCUCAGCCUCUUACGACUGCUGCGUCUUUCCAGGCUCAUCCGCUACAUCCACCAAUGGGAAGAGAUCUUCCACAUGACCUACGACCUGGCGAGCGCCAUGGUGCGCAUCGUGAACCUGAUAGGCAUGAUGCUGCUGCUCUGUCACUGGGACGGCUGCCUGCAGUUCCUGGUGCCCAUGCUGCAGGAAUUUCCCUCUGACUGCUGGGUGUCCAAGAACAACAUGGUGAACGACACAUGGGGCAUUCAGUACUCCUAUGCCCUGUUCAAGGCCAUGAGCCACAUGCUGUGCAUCGGGUAUGGCGCCCAGGCACCCGAGGGCAUGACGGACGUGUGGCUGACCAUGCUCAGCAUGAUCGUGGGCGCCACCUGCUACGCCAUGUUCAUCGGCCACGCCACCGCCCUCAUCCAGUCCCUGGACUCCUCCCGUCGCCAGUACCAGGAGAAGUAUAAACAGGUGGAACAGUACAUGUCCUUCCACAAGCUGCCAGCGGACGUGCGUCAGAAGAUCCAUGAGUACUACGAGCAUCGGUACCAGGGCAAGAUGUUCGACGAGGAAAAUAUACUGGGAGAGCUAAGCGAACCGCUCAAGGAGGAGAUCGUCAGCUUCAACUGCCGCAGCCUGGUGGCCAACAUGCCGCUGUUCGCCAACGCGGACCCCAACUUCGUGACGGCAGUGCUGACCAAGCUGCGCUUCGAGGUGUUCCAGCCGGCCGACUUCAUCAUCCGCGAGGGCACAGUGGGCCGCAAGAUGUACUUCAUCCAGCACGGCAGGGUCAGCGUGCUCACCCGCGGCAACAAGGAGACCAAGCUCAGCGAUGGAUCCUACUUUGGCGAGAUUUGCCUGUUGACACGCGGACGGCGCACGGCCAGCGUCCGGGCCGACACCUACUGCCGCCUGUACUCGCUGUCGGUGGACAGCUUCAACGAGGUCCUGGAGGAGCACCCCAUGAUGAGGCGGGCCUUCGAGACCGUGGCUGUGGACCGACUGGACCGCAUCGGUAAGAAGAACUCCAUCCUCCUGCGGAAGACCUCCCAGGGGGGGUCUGUGGCGGGGAGCAGCAUGGGAAGGGGCGGAGGGGGUGGCAGCCGGGGUGGCGGAGCAGGGGGUGGCGUGGGCCUGGGCUCGUGCGACAGCAUCCUCGUGCAGCAGAUCGUCAAACACGACAGCAUGCCGGCCCAGGACGGCGGAGCUCCGGGGGCCGGAAAAGCAGGGGUCGCCGGAAGCGGGGGGACCAUCUCCCCCAGGCCGCGCCCGGUGAUUUGGGCGCCCCUCGUCCACGCUCCCUUGCAGACGGCAGCGGCCACCACCAACGUGGCCAUUGCCCUGAUGCACCAGCAGCAACAGCAGCAGCAGCAACUGCAGCAGCUGCAGCAGCAGCAUGCCCUGGGGGCAGCCGUCUUUCUGCCCUCAACCCUCCCCAUCUCCCCGUCCCCCUCCUCCUGCCCCAUCUCGCCCCCCCGGCCCCCACUCCUGCACCCUCGCCAGUCCGUUAGCUCGCUCAUUGGGGUGGUGGGAGGACUGUCACCCAGGGGGGUCGCCCCCACCUCCAUCACUUCAACCCCCUCUCCUUCAUCAGUGGGUCCCGCUGGGGUGGGUGGGGCUGUAGGGGGCGUUACACCCGUGGCCAAAACACCACCCACACCCGCCUCUAUGCCGGCCCCCCUUCAGGCAGGCAGAACUCUGCACUACAGUCUUCGUCUUCACACUGAUACUCCGACAAGUGGCGCUCUGUUAUCAGGAGGGGCGACCACUCCUCCUCUCCACAAAUGCCCAACAGCAGUUCCCGAUGCCCGCAGUCUCGGAGCUGGCCAGCAGAGGGCCAAGGAGGCGCUGUUGCGCCACGGAGGAGGGAGUACGCAGGCGCUGCCGGCUUUGGGCAGAUUGACCCAGGAGGCAAGGCUUCUGUCGGCCUCGCAGCCCACACUGCCACACAGAGGCUGGGCGGGGGUACAGCCCUGUCCACCUCUGCACCGCAAGGCCUCUGGGGGCAACUUACUCCCUACCCCUUUCCAGGUGUCCCCGGGGCAGUUGGCAAGAGGGGGCAGUGUGGGGGUGUUGAGCACUAACGUCCCCGCUGCACAACAGCUGCCCCCUUCUGCACAGAUGCCAACUCAAGCCUCAUUUCCGCAGCAGUCUCAGAUAGGCCCCCAAGUACAAGCACAGCCCUCAUCUUCCCCCAGCCCAGUCAGUACCCAGUCCCCCUGCCCCAAGCCCACCUCCACCUCCUCCUCUCCCGCCCCCACACCACCCACUCCUGCCCCAACCCUUCCUCAAGCACCAUCCUCCAAACCCUGUCCCACACCCCCCUCUCUCCCCUCCUCCCCUCCCUCCUCCAAGGUUCCGACCCCACCGCCUUCCUCCCCAGCCCUUGCCCAGACCCCACGCCCUAAGCUCUCCCCCACUCCCCCGUCUUCCUCCCCUCUCGCCUGUACACCCCCUACCCCAACCCCCUCCUCCCCUGCAGUCGCUGGCUCCCAGAUGCCCCGCGCGCUCACCUCUGCAACGCAGGCCCCUUCUGCCUCUCCAAAAGGGGGCAGCAAAGACACAGAUCUGACCCUUACCAGGGGUAAGGACACCGAGGCACUUAGACACAAACUUCCUGCCAACAUGUGA